AUCCAACAAACACCAGAAGCAGCAGACAUGGACUUCUCUGGCACCUGGAAGAUUUAUUCUGAGGAAAACCUUGAGGCCUUUCUCAAAGCAGUGGGUGCCCCUGAUAUGAUCAUCAAAAUGCGUCAAAAUAAAGAAAAACCCGUGGUAGUGAUUGAGCAGAAAGGAGAUGAGUUCACCUACACACUGAAGACUGCCAUCUGCACUCAAAGCCACUCGUUCACCCUGGGAAAGGAGACAGAAAUGACCACUCCUGACGGCAGGAAGCUGAAGUGCACUUUCACAGUGCAAGACGGGAAGCUGAUUUCUGUGACAGAGAAGUACACCUCUGUCCGAGAGAUACAAGGAGAUGAAAUGGUUGAGACCAUCACUUGUGGCUCUGUCACGCUCACAUCUAAAAGUAAACGAGUCUGAUCAACUCAUGGAUCGAUCGAAAGACCUGUUCAUCCUGAAGCAAGGAGCCAUACCAGAA